UGAUAGAUUUUAUAGUAAGGUCUGUCUACAUCUUAACCUCACGGGGCAUCGAUCGCCACUAAUUAAUAUAUACGUAAUUCAACUUGUGAAUCAUAGGUGUAUAUAAAAUUAAUAGAGAAUAUAAGAGAGAGAGAGAGAGAGAGAUGGAGAUCGUAUGUGUAACAGGUGCUGGCGGUUUUGUAGCUUCAUGGGCAGUAAAGGAGUUGCUGGCUAAAGGUUAUGUUGUUCAUGGAACUGUAAGAGACCCUGAUGACAAGAAGAAGAAUGGUCACCUGAAGAAGCUGGAGCAUGCUAAGGAGAGGCUUCAUCUCUUCAAGGCAGACUUGCUAGACUAUGACAGUCUUUGCACCGCCAUCAGCGGAUGCACCGGGGUUAUCCAUGUCGCCACACCAGUUCCUGCUGGAAAAGUAGCUGAUCCUCAGGCAGACAUGCUUAAACCUGCGAUAACAGGAACUCGAAAUGUAAUGAAUGCGUGUUUGGAGAGUAAAGUGAAAAAAGUUGUGGUAGUUUCAUCAAUCCUUGCUAUAUCAGCAAAUCCUAGUUGGCCAAAGGAUCAAACAAUGGAUGAAAACUGUUGGACUGAUGCUGAUUAUUGCAUGAAAGCCGAAAAGUGGUAUUCUGCUAGCAAGGCUAUAUCUGAGCGCGAAGCUCUAGAAUUCGGAAAGAUGAACAACCUAAACGUUGUGUCAAUUUGUCCUUCUGUAGUAUUUGGGCCAAUGCUUCAAUCAACAUUAUGUACCACUAACAUUAUUCUGCAGAACUUCUUUAAAGGUGAAAAUUCAUUCAAUCUCAUUGAGUUUGACAGAGCUGAAGAAGAUAUAUUUGUUCCUAUCGUGGAUGUUCGUGAUUGUGCUAAAGCGUUGCUCCUCGCCUACGAAAAGCCAGAAGCAGAGGGGCGGUAUCUUUGUUCUUCACAUUGUUUGAAGAUAACUGCUUUAAUAGAGAUGCUGAAGCGACUGUUUCCGCAUUACAAUUAUCCUUCCAAUCUCCCUGUUUCAAAUGAACAACUGAAUUACACAUGUGAGAAGUUACUGAAUCUUGGAUGGAACUAUAUGCCAUUGGAGAAGACCUUGGCUGAUUCUGUCGAAAGGAUGAAGGAAGCCAAAUUUUCUACAUUGAUUUUAGUCCUGUAUGCCUGCAAUUAAAUAAGUUUAACAUGCUAAUUACCUUAAUCUCUUAAAGCAUGUUAAUAAGCUAUUUUCCACUUGUUGCUCUAUAAACACGUUGUUAACGUACUUAAAAUUAAUAUGGUUCUAUGAAUGGAAUUAAUGGAUUUCAAGUCA